AUGGAUCCACAUGUAUUUAAGAACUUCUCAACAGAAGUCCUACUCCUCCCCAAAAACCAAGACUUAAUUUCACCAGUCCCUAGAUGGAUCACUGAGUCACUCAAACCAACCAAAUACAUAGACUCAAAACACUACUCUUUCCUUUCCGAACUUGCCGCGAUUGAACUAGUUGAAGGGAGAGAAAGUGCCAUCGCCCAAGUCAUAAGAACAAUCCUUAACAAGUUCUACAACCUUACUUUCUCCAUUGGAGAUGCCAAGAAUGGUUGCCAUGGAUCGAUGAUGGUCGAAGCUUUCGUUGCUAAAGAAACCCUAAAAGCUCCCCAUGCAUCUCAUGGAAAGGGUGGGUUCAAGAAUGCAAGUUUCAAGUUCCAAACAAUUUCAGUUAGAACAAGGUUCGCAUUCUACAGUUCAUUUUAUAACACUAAGGUUCAUGACUAUGGUCAAAUAUGUGGCCCUGUCUUUGACAAUGUUGGGGUUCUGAGGGUAUCUUAG